AUGGGCACUUUCUCUUCCUACCAACCCCAUUAUCCAUGUAGCUCCACAAGCAGACUCAGAGCUUCUAUGUCAAUUCCUGAUCAAACUCAUUUCGAAGACCAUGACACUGUUCGUUUGUUUUGUUCCAACGCCCUCAAAAUCUCAGCCGAAAAGGGUUAUCUUCCUGAAGGAAAACAGUUACAUGCCCGUUUAAUAAAGUUUGGAUUUUGUCAUGUUCUUUCCUUGCAAAAUCAGAUUUUGAGUGUUUAUCUUAAAUGUAAAGAAACUGAAGAUGCAGAGAAGCUGUUUGAUGGAUUGCCUGUGAGAAAUGUUGUGUCGUGGAAUAUUAUGAUUCGCGGUAUUGUUGGAUCAUGCGACAAUGAAAAUGAAUUGGAUCGUAAGCAGCUGUGUUUUUCUUAUUUUAAAAGGAUGCUGUUGGAAAUGGUGGUUCCUGAUUAUAUAACUUUAAAUGGUUUGAUUUGUUCUUGUGCUCGAUUUUAUGAUGCUGAGAUGGGAAUUCAGUUGCACUGUUUUACAGUGAAAGUUGGAUUUGAUUUGGAUUGUUUUGUUGGCUGUGCUCUUGUUGAUUUAUAUGCGAAAUUUGGUUUUGUUGAAAAUGCUAGGAGGGUGUUUUGUGUUGCUCCUUUUAGAGAUUUGGUUAUGUGGAAUGUGAUGAUUUCUUGCUAUACCUUCAAUUGUUUACCAGAAGAGGCUUUUAGUAGCAUGUUGAGUGUACUAAGUGAUGAUGCUUUGGGAUAUUAUGAUUUUGGAAAACAGAUUCACAGUCUUGUUCUGAGACAGUCGUUUGACUCAGAUGUUUUAGUGGCUAGUGCAUUGAUCAACAUGUAUGCCAAAAACAAAAAUAUAAUUGAUGCACGUAGAGUAUUCGACGAGAUGUCGAUUCGAAAUGUUGUGGCAUGGAACACCAUGGUUGUUGGGUGUGGAAAUCAUGGUGAUGGCAAUGAAGUUAUGAGGCUUCUCAGAGAGAUGCUUCGGGAAGGGUUUCUUCCCGAUGAAUUGACUAUUUCCAGCGUUAUUAGUUCAUGUGGCUACGCUUCUGCCAUUACCGAAACACUUCAAGCACAUGCUUUUGCGGUUAAGUUAUCGUGUCAUGAUUUUUUAUCUGUUGCCAAUUCUUUGAUCAAUGCUUACUCCAAAUGUGGUAGCAUUGCUAGUGCAUUUAAAUGCUUUGAAUUAACUUCACAGCCUGAUCUAGUUACUUGGACUUCAUUGAUAUGUGCAUAUGCAUUCCACGGACUAGCCAAAGAAGCUACUGAGAUGUUUGAGAAGAUGCUAUCUCGUGGCAUAAUACCGGAUAAAAUCGCUUUUCUCGGCGUUCUCACUGCUUGUGCUCAUCGCGGGCUUGUGACAAAGGGCCUACACAUUUCUGAAUGUUGCCACAAAUUCAUCAGUAAAUGGCCAUGGCAGAAGAAGCUGGUUGAGAUUAGCAAGGUUGCAUAUCAUUCACAUCAGCCUGCAAGAAAGUACAAAUCAACCCAAGUUAGCUUGCAACCAUGUUCAUUGCUUGGUACCGCACUAAAAUAG